CGGAGCGGGCAGGGCUGGCAGCGCCCGCAGCCCACCAUGCUCUGGCUGGGAGCCCAGCUCACCGGGGCACGAUGCUUGCUGCUCUGCCUGCUCCUGGCCAUCCUCGGAGCCCAGCCUGGCUGGGCGGGGAGGCCCAAAGCCCUGCCGUGCCAGCAGAGCCCCACGAAGCUGUCAUGCAAGGGUGCCGGCCUGCACAGGUUUCCAGAGGAGCUCAGCCAAGGAGUGAAGUACCUCGAGCUCUCCAACAACUUCAUCCGAAACCUGUCGGAGAGCCACAUGAGUGGGUUUGGGCAGCUCGAGCACCUGGACCUGCGCUCCAACCAGCUGGAGGCGGUGUCGGGAGCCGCCCUGGCUCAGCUCCCCCGGCUGCGCUCUCUCCUCCUGGGCUCCAACCGCCUGGACCGCAAUUACCUGGCUAACGGGGCAGCCUUCGGCUUGCUCGGCAACAUCGAGGUGCUGGACCUGUCGGCGAACAACCUGGAGAGCCACAUGGCGGGCUGGUACCUCAGCAGCCUCCCCACGCUGAAGAAGCUGGACCUGUCCGGGAACAGGAUGACGAGGCUGCCCGCGGGCAUCUUCUGGAGCACGCCGCAGCUGAGCGAGCUCAACCUCAGCAACAACUACAUCAUGGAAAUCGAGGAGGGAGCCUUUGGGGCUCUAGAGGAGCUGGAGGUGGUGAACCUGGCCUUCAAUUCCCUUCACUGCAUCUCUGGCUUCAGCCUCAGGCAGCUGCGAGUUUUAAACCUGAGCCACAACGCGCUGGAGCUCUUCGUGUCGGAGGAGGGCGAGGAACCCUACCUGCUUCAGGUGCUCGACCUGAGCCACAACAGGCUCCUCUAUUUUCCGGAGCUCCCCAGAGCGCAUUACCUCACGCACUUAAACCUCUCCAACAACCUCAUUGCCUCGCUGGCCCCGAGCUCAGGCCUCCCGGCAGCGCUCACGCUGCACUACGACGAGAUGGGGAGGUUUAACGGGUCCUCCGGCACCGCGGCUGGCCUCACCCGCGUGGCCAACUUGGAUCUCAGCAAUAACCAGCUGCAGCUCUUCCCAUUUGCUUUCUUCCGUGGCCUGAGCUCUCUGCACAACCUCAGCGUGGCCAUGAAUUGUCUCCAGGACGUAACGAGGGAGACACUUACAGGUGGCGCAGCAGGGGACAGCGUGGCCACGUUGCAGGGGAACGUGUCCCUCUCCGUGCGCUUCCUGGAUCUCCACGACAACCUCCUCCGCGCCUUGCCGCCUUGGUUCUUUGAUUUUCUGCCCCAGCUGGAGACGAUCGACCUGGGCUCCAACAGCCUCCAGCCCUGUGAGAGCCGGGGAGGUGACCGCGGGGGGACGUCGGGAGGGGACCCUCAGGGGGCAGGACCCUGCACCGCCUUCUCCAACGUCCCCCAGCUGAAGCACCUCAGCCUCUCCAGGAACAACAUCACCCGGCUGCAGCCCUACGCCUUCAACCAGACCUCGCUGCUCUCCCUGGACCUGUCGGAGAACGGGGGCUUGGCCCUGCCCAGGACAGCCCUGGGGGGGCUGGAGCUCUCCCUGCAGGAGCUCUGGCUGCGGGGCAACCAGAUGGGGGACGGCUCGGCAGAUCUGCCCUGCCUGGGCGCCCUCAAAUCCUUGGACCUGUCGGGCAAUCGCUUCAGCCUUUUGCCCGCGGGGCUUCUCUGCUCCCCGCUGGAAAGCCUGGACGUCCGAGACAACAACCUGCCGGCGCUGGCCGAGCUGGCCGUGGCGAGCUGGGCUCGCAGCCUGCGGGUGCUGUGGGUGGCCGGGAACCCUUUCAGCUGCUGCGGGCUGGGCUGGCUGGAUGUGCUGCGGGCGGCACGCGUGCGCCUGCCCGACCUGGACCGGGCGCUCUGCGCCUACGGCCACCGCCGCGGCAACUUCUCGGCCCCGCUCAGCAGCCACCCCUGGGGGCCCUGCCCGCGUCCCAAAGGGGCUCUGGCGGUGCUGCUGGUGGUGCUGAGCAUCCUGCUGUGCCUGGGUUACGGCGCAUGCUGCCUCCUGAGGAAGGGGCAGAAGCCGCCGGGGUGCGGGGCUGCGCGGGGCAGCAAUGGGGGCGGCUUCGUGCCCCAUCCCAGAACGGGGCAGGCAGCCAAGGAGAGGCCAGCAGAUGGUGACACUAAAGUGUAGGCGGGUGCUGGGAGCUGCAGCUGUUGGUCAGAAUGCUAAUUGUUAUUAAUAUUAUUAUUAAUAUUAAUUUGGGCACACGUUUCCACAUCUUGCAUGGUUUGCAGAGCGACGUCGGGGCUGAGCCCAGCGCUGGGCAGGCACCAGGAGGGGCUGGGUUCCUGCAGCCCCCUCGCUCUUGAGAAGGAAGGUGUCCCCGUCCACGCUACUUUGUGGAAGAAAUUAAAUAAUUAAUAAUGAAAUGAUACUUAAAUAAGUAGCCGCAGGGGGGGUCCUGCCCUGCCCUCCAAUGUUUUCAGCACUAAGGAGACGAAAACCCAGCUGGUGCUGCUCUGUCCCUGCUGAAAGCCGCUGUGAGAAGGUGGCUGCCCGCACAGCCUCGCGGCUCUCCCACCAUCCAGGGCCGGGGACCAGCUCUGGGAAAGGGAAAAUAUCAGGGCGUGCCAAAAACCUCGUGUUUCACAUCUCUCUGCUUCCACCUUGAAAGUCCCCAGCCGGCCCAGCGUGCGCCACCUCCUCGUCCACACACCUGUUGUGCUGGGGGAUGUGAGAGCAAAAGGGCUUGGAAUUCACUCAAAAUCCCAAUUACCUCUUUCCUUUUUUAAUUUUUUUUUUUCUUCUCAAGCUUAUCAUGGUUUUACUGUGAAGCAAAGGGCAUUUCUGAGAGCAAAAAGAUUCGUGGUGCAGGGUAAGAGGGGUGGAAGAGAGCUGCUGGCUUAGCCAAGGGGCUGGAGAGGCUGCCAGGGCAGGGGGCAACGAGCCUUAAAGGAAAAAAAAGCCUGGAGAAGCUUUUCCUUGGUUCAAACCGAGGUUAAGAGAUCUGUAGAAUUUGGAGGUUUGAGCAAAUAAAUGAUUAUGUCAAAAUGUCCUGGGUUUGUGCCAAGCUGUAAGGGUAUAAAUCGGAGCCUGACAGAGAGCAGCGGUGGUUAAAAUCUUCUGACCGUUUACAACUUUUCUAGAGAAUUAGUUGAGAAAUCCAGCAAAACUAAUUCUUUCCAGUGGAAAGCUUUCGCAUUUCACUGAAUCAGUCCGUUUUCAGAGCAAAAUAGAUUUUAUCAGGAAUUCCCAGCUAGCUGUUCUGCUAACCCAUGUGGAAAUUACCUCGUCUGCGACCAGCCCGAAUUCAGAGCACGGUUUUUGUGUUUUCCCUUUUUCUCGGUGCGGGAUGCCCUUCGGGGUGCUGCCCGGUGUGCUGAGCUGCCCCUCUCCCCUGCUCCGUGUUUCACCCACCAGAGGAGCCCACGUGCGUGCACACCGCCGCCGAAGGUAUCCCUUUUAUUGAAUUUUUUUGGGGUGAUGUUUCCGUGCUCCCACGGGCUCUGGGGAAGCACCGUCCCGGCACAGCAGCCGGGCUCCCCGUGGCAGGCUGGGUUUGAUGUCCCUUUGGGAUGGGACAAGGGGCUGGUGGCAGCUUCCCCGUGCCAGCGGCCGGUCCCUCCCUUUCGCAGGACUUUGCCACCCCUGCUUUCCAUUAUCGCUCGCUGCCACAGCCCCUUCUGCGUGACUCAACAAAACUCCCGCCAGCUAUUUCCAUCCCGCUUGGCGAGGCCGGGCGUGUUAUUCAUGACACUUUCUUCCUCUCUGGUGGGGCUCCGGCCGGCCGGGGACCUGCCGCCGAACCUCCGGCACGCAGCCUGCCCAGCCCGCAGACGCUGGCAGGGAAAGGGGCUGGGAAAGCAGCUCCCAAACCCUGCGGCAGCUUCGCUCAUCCCAGGCUCGCAGGCAGAUGUUGUGCAGCUGGGUGCCCCCACCCUGCGGUCCUGGGGCCCUGGGGACAGGGCGUGCUGCCGCAGCCGGCCCCAAUCCCAGCAGCACGGAGAUGUCCCCAGGUGCCCCGUUCCCCUCCAGCGUGAGCCACCCCAGCUGCAAGGCACCGCUGGUCCAGGCACAGCACCCUCUGGGUGCGGAGGGGAAGCGGGCAGGUGGUGUCCCCGUGCUCCUGGGGGUGCUGAGCUGAUGGAGCAGCUCCUGGCAGGUCGCUGCCACCCACGGAGCGCUUCUGGGUAUCCGUCCCGUGCUGAGGUCACCGCCUGAGCGCAUCGGAAAGAGGAAGGGGGGCGGUUUCCCUGCAGGAAAGCAGCGUCCUGCAGCGGGUCGGUCACCUGCUGCCACCGCGGCCACCACCAGUGCCACCAACCCAGGUCCCAUCUGUGUCCCCAGGACAGGGCUGGAGGUGGCCGGGACACCCGCAGCCAGGCUGGAUGCCCGCGUGCCACCACCCCUGGUGUCACUGAAGCUGUCACAGCCUCCCGGACACAGGGCUGGGGUUCCUCCCUGGCGCAUAGGUGAGCGUGGGGUGCGGAGGGCGCUGUCUUCUCCAGGGGCUUGAGAGGAGCACCUGGAGGGAGGGAGCCCGUGGAGGAUCCUCAGGUGAAGCUUUAAGCUUCCCGAGGGACUGCAAGCUGGGGCGAUGCGCGGUGAGGGAUCGCCAAGUGCUUGCCCAGUUCACAAACCGGAGGGACCCAACUGGUCACCGCUUCACUUUCUACCCCAGGAGCUGCCUUUUGCUGGGCCGGGAACCCCCUUCCUCAGCCUCCUGCUGCCCCCACGGCAGCCCGACGUGGAAGUGGAAGGGGUAUUUUUAGUGCUCGCCCUGCGCUUGCUUCAAGGAUGGAGCUAAGAGGAACUGACAUCAAACGAAGCGUUGCGUUUGCUUUAAAAGGAAGCCUUUUUUUUUCCUGCCACUCAGUCAUCGCUAAACGUUUCUGCGAAGAGGUGAAAAUCACCUCUUGUAGGAGGCAGACGGAGGUUGGCAUCAGAAGCCUGCGGACGCUGUGCCCUGUGCUGGCAGCGGCUUCUCAGGAACCCGCCUGCGUCCUGCAGUCACCUUGCGCCCAAAAACACACCCGAGGAAGCAAAGUCCCUCGGAGAUCAACACUUGUGACUCGGAUUUGGGGGGAGAUGGUGGCCCUUAAGAGCAAAGCCGCUGGCCAGAAGGUGGCAACAUGCCCUCUCCCAUCGGGGCCUGGCACGAAGCUUGCCCUGAGAAGAGCUCUGCCCUGGUUGGGAAGCUCUGACCCUGCUCAGACCCAGUGUGGCUCCAGCAGCGCUGCGGUUUCACCUAGCCCCAGGUCAAUAAAACCAAAAUUUGGGGUGCAAAGCCCCGGAGCCCUGGAGGACACCGCGCUGAACGUGGGCCAGCGAUGCGCCCUCGCAGCACAGCAGGCUGGUGCUGUCUGCUAACUGGGAGGCACUGGGAGGCACUGGGAGGCACUGGAGCAGGCUGGCAGGGUUAUCUCUGCUUGGCAAUUCCAACGUGCGCUGGGUUCAACGCUGACCUCCCUGCGAGGCUGCGCGCAUGAUGCACGGAAAAGCACCCGAUCCCCUCCCGGCCCCACCAAGAGCAGCUUUUCCUGGUCCAAAAAUUCCUCAUCCCUCCAGAAGCUGCUCAGAUUUCCCCGCGAUGUCCCCCUCCAGGCGCAAGGCAUUUCCCCAUUCCCCAGGGCUGCGAAAGGGAACUUACAGAGGAAAACAUUUCACAAGAUCAGAAUCUUCAGGGCUGGAGCGAAAAGGGCCCGUACGGGGCCAGCGGGAGGGAGAAGUGGGGACACCGCAGCUGGUUCUGGCCAAGGUAGGAGAAGGAUCUGCAAAAAGCCACGCUGGGAAGGUGGGAUGUCAAAAAAUAUCAGGGACUUCCAGAGCGCAGAGCAGCAGCACCGAGCUGGUGGCCACAGCCGUGGAGCCGCUGCCCCGUCCCACGCAGCACCAGCGCCUGGCCCAGCACCGGGUGCUGCUUUGUAGGGCUUUUUUUUCAGCCAGGAGCAGGGAGGUUAACGGGAUCGGAGCCAGCUGAUGCCAAGGAGCCAUAAUACCGUGCCUCUCCCUUUCUUUUCCCUCUUUUAGCCCAGCCCCUCGUAGCUCUGCUUGGGAUUCAGGAGUGACCUCAGCCCUUUCCUUGGGGACCCUUCCUCAUGGGCCGCUGCCCAGGCACAAAGCACCCUGGCCUUUGGGGCGCAGGAGAGAGAUUUGGGAAGGUCACCAGUUCAGGCUGCGUGUCCUGGCCCUGGUUCAGGGGCCAGCAAGUCAGAGGGAGGUCACGGGGGGGAUGCUCACCAGGCGCCCCACGAAGCCCUGCAGAGGGAAAGCACCUUCCUGCCAGAAGGGAAGUUGCACAGCGAGGGAGAAAGUGAAAUCCCAGAGUAGAAGUCCUAGACAGAGCUGCUGCCCGCUGCCACCAAGCCUGGCAGCAGCAGGGACACUUCUGCAGCUGCCCCGUGCCCGGGCACCACCCCGGCUUAAAUCCUCUCCGUGUUUCCUAGUGGGUGCCUUUAGUUUUGGGGCUGUCUCAAGCCCCUCUGCGCGGGGCGCACAGCGGCGUGCCGGAGCUGGGAGACGUCGCACCGCAUCCCAUCACCUCCCUGCAGCAGUGCUUGAACCAGGUUACGGGGAAUUUGCUCGCAGGGUGCACGCGGGGCCCCUUCCCCGCGGCCCCUGCUGCUCGCCCUGGCUGUCAGCAGCCUGGCCCUCAGGGUUAUGAAAGCCCUGCUGGUGCCCCGCUGGAGACAAUGGGUCAGGAGCAUGGGUUGUCUGCCAGCACAGCCCAGCAGCGGCUGUCUGGGGGCAGGAUUUCCCCACACGCAAUUAGCUCCAGUGCUGGCGCAGCGCUGGGCUCGGGGGCACGGGGGUCCCGGAGUGCCCACACUCCGCACAGCUUUCCCUCUGCUGUCCCCGGGGGCUGGGGCUGCUCCGGGCCCCCGAGAGCAGCGUCCGUGCCCUUGGCUGACCCGCGCACAUCUGGAGCCCUGCUUGCCAUCGAGUCCUCCCCGUCACCGUGGGGCUGUGGGGACAGAGGGGCUCAGGCUUUUGCUCUCUCUGGGUCCAGGAAAAUGGAUUUUAUUUUUUUUUUUAAAGCUCUGAGCAAAGAAAAUAAGGAGAAAAAAAUGAGAUAAAUUAGCAUCAGCCCUUGCCAACCCCUUUUGUCCUUUCCUAAUGUCAUCCCUGUCUGACUCCUGCCAGCCUGCGUCCCCUGCCAGCAUCCCCUGCGUGCAAGGACAAGUUUUUAUCUGCUGAGCAAAGAAACUCGUGUUUGCUUUGCAGUCCAAUGGCUCUCCUGGAGAUGCCAAAGGUGAUAUCCGCUCACCCUGGGAGAGCAGCGCCUGCGGUGCCGGGGCCUCCCCCGUGCCCUGCUGGGCUGAGAAGUGGGCUGAGAAGUUGGUGGGGCACAGGGCAGAGCCCAGGCACCCUCUGCCACCACGUUCAUGGAGCUGCGCUGUGCCACCGUGGCUUUUUCCCCAAGGAGAUGCCACUCUGGGGACGAGCAGGGUCCCCAGGCUGGGGGACAGGGGCUGGGGCAGCCUCCCCGAGGGCUGUGAGCUGUGAAUGGCCCCGAAACCGCCUUUGUUCCCCUCCCCGGGGGGCAGGACGGCAGCGCCGCGGGUAUAAAGGGGGCGGGGGCCCUGAUCCCGGCCCCAUCCCCAUCCCCAGCCCUGUCCCCAGCCAUGGGCCACCCCGCUGUGCCCACCACCCUGCUGCUCUGCCAGCUGGGGCUCGCCGCGGCCAUCCAGUGGCUGUGAGUAACGGGGCGCAAGGGGGGAGGGAGGAAGGGGAAGGAAGGAUGGGGGGCUCCCUAGGGGUCCCCCACAGCGGCUCUGCCCCCUGUCACCCUCUCCACAGGUCCCCAUUUGCUCGUCACCUGUGGUCCCCAUCCCUUGGCCCCCAGCCCGGUGCCCAU